AGUUUAACAGAUGUAUUGAUAUUCAUUUGCAUAAGGUCAAUUUCUAUAUGACGCAGCUGAAUUAUGAAAUAUUGAUAUUUUUUUAAGGUAAGAAAUAUGUUAUUGCUUCACGUAGGCGUGGCAUCAAUUGCCCCUCAAACACGUAUCAGCCUUUACGAUUUUGGUCUAAUUCAAGUGACGAAUGUGAAUUUGUCAAAUCAAAAUGCAGCGAAGUAGGACAAACAAUUUACAGCGAUGGUUCAACUGACACGGAUACGACAUGUCGCUGUGAUUAUAGAUAUGGGUAUGCAUUUAUAACCAAUCCAGCUAAAGCAUGUUACUGUGUACCUUCUAAAGAAGAUUGUUCGUGCUAUUUGAAAAUCUGCACAGAUAGAAAGAAAGUAUCUCAAGAUUAUAUAUGCGUUGACCGAAAAGACGAGGGACGAAUGUCAAUUUGUCCACCAUUUUUAAGUCAAAGGAACAAAGAACAAGAGAAAAUAUUACAAGAACAGAGUAAUACUGAAAUAGACAAACCAACUAUAGAUAAGUGGAAUUGGUUUUCUCCGACAGUACCGAUUCUUCUGACCACCAUAUGCUUUAUGAUAAUGGGUAUACUUAUAUGUUUUGAAAAACUGCCAGACUGCUCCCUGGUGGAACUAAGUCCUGUCAUGAAAUUUUCCACAAGGGCCAACACUUCUGACAAAUGCAUUGACUUAACAUGGUCUCAGCCACUAAACGUGAAAAUUAAGAAAUACGAAAUACAAUAUACGUGUGGUGUAUGGAAAAAUUUCCAAUCAUUAGACGCGUACCCACCGAACUUAUCAGAGCAAAUAUUUGACAUAAUUCCAAAGAAAGAAUACAGAUUCAGGGCCUGUUACAUCUAUUCUUGUCAUUCAGAAGACAUUAGAAGUGAUCUAAGCGAAGACCAGAUCUAUUCUGAUGAACCUGCCAUGCCAGGGAAAAUGCCACCAGUAUGGAAAGACGGUAAAAUAAUUCUUUUCUGGUCACCUCCUGCUGAUACAUUAUUUGCAACUACUAACUAUGGAAUACAGAUAACAAUAGAUGAAUGGGCUACUAUGAUUGCAGACUUGGAACAGCCAGCUAAACUUGGAUUAAAAUACAACGUGGAAAACAUUAAAAAAUCAGAAAUGUAUAGAUUUAAAAUUUACACUUCUACAAAAUUUGGAAUGAGCAAACCAGUUGACAACUUCUUUUAUACUGGAGUUUGUUAUAGUAUUGGUAUACCAAUUGGUCAAAAUUACAAUGACGCACUGAACAACAGGGACAGUGUUGAAUAUAAUGAGAAAAGUAAUGCAGUACAUAGUGCAAUUGAAGAUACGUAUCAAAGUGAAUUAGGAAAAGGAGAACAAAAGGUCAAAGAUGUUUCUUUUGUGGAAAACUCUCGUAUUGCUGUAGUAAUUUUCAUCUCAAAUGGAUAUUAUGACGAAGUAAAAUUAAGAGAAGUUAUAGAAAAUUCUGUUAAAAGUGGAACAUUAGGAGAUUUAAAAACCUUUUACGAAGGCUUUUCAUUUACAGUGUUGAACAAGCCUGAACCUCCACAAGAUAUAAGAAUCGUCGUAGAAAAAUCAUGCGUUGUAUUAAUGUGGGCAAAACCUGAAAAAUCAUUAUUCGAAAAAGAAAGCUACAUAAUCGAAUAUACAACAUGUACAAGUGACGUAUGGCAGACCAUAAAAGUUGAACACAAACCAGAUGACAUGUAUGCGGUCAAAAUAACAGAUGUUCUUCCUUCAUCAAAAUACAAAUUCAGACUUUCUACAAUCAUUCAUGAUUCCAUCGCAAGUCAUCAAAGUACAGAAAAUGAGAUAACCAUGGGAGAUCCAUUACCUUUAUGCAACUUGAAGGUGGCUGUGGUUAAGUCGGUUCAGUCGGAGGAAAAACACUUGAAGAUAACAUGGGAUAAACCAGUAUUUCCAUCCGAGAAGCAUAUACAGGAAUAUAAGCUUAUUGUAAACGAAAAAGAAUUUAAGUUCAAACCGGGUACUGAGUGUAGUUAUACAUGGAAGCCUGUUGAUACGUCGAUGGUGUAUACGUUUGCUUUAAUUGCACAUGACUUUAAUGGUACAGAGAGUAAAAGUGACACAGUAACAUGUAAUAUGCAAAAAACGCCUCUGCCACCUCGUAAUAUAAGCGUUGUUCAGAAUAACGCAGGAAUAGAAUUGUUUUGGGAACAUCCACAUACAAUACAGUUACACUGUAUACAACACUACACAAUAUACAUAAAAGAAGAUGGUGUGCAUCCGCUCAAACCUGUGAUUGUUCUGUCACCUCAAAGGUCACAACUGAUCGUUAAUUUGAAACCAAAACAUCGGUAUACCUUCAAAGUAAGCACUUGCUCAACAGGCAACUUCGAAGGCGAGGUUAGUGUUCUCAUUGAGAGUACAAGUGGAGAUACUACAGUCGGAUCACAGUGAAGUUGAUUACUGCAUUUAACUGAUGGAUUUUCUGUAUGUUUCAAUAUUCAUCAGCACUAGUUAUUCACAUGCUAAUCUUUUAUAAACUAAAUAACAAUUUUGGUUUUAGUAUUUUGUAGAUUCAGCAAUUAUUGGAUGUAAAAGCUUCGUAGUUAUACCCCAAAUAACUUUAUAAUGUAAUCAUUAAUGGUAUGUUCUUCCUGUAAUGGAAUAUUUCAACAUAAUGUAUUUUAGAAUUAAAAAUCCCUUAACCAGUCCUGGCUACCCCCGUUAAAUCAACCUUUUUUUUAAAUCCUUUUCCUUGGUGUGUUUUUUUUUUUCCAUUUCGGAAACAUGGAUUUGUAUGAUGUCAUAAAGGCAGAAGAUAUCAAGGAAGCAAUAAAAAAAUCACAUGUCAAUGAAAAGCACACAAAAAGAAAUAUAAUAGUACACAACACUACACAGAAAACUAAAGUAUGGGCAUCACUUAAACCAGGCCUAAACAAGGAUUGACCCAGUGUUUUCCAGAACGGUAAACUGAUCCGGCCCCACACCCGUCAAUCAGAAUUGGCGAGUAAAAAUUCAGUUAUAAGUCGAAUUCCAACCGGGGAGAAGAGGGUGAAAUUAUGGCUAUGUCAAAUGUAAAAUAUUCGUAGUCUGUGAAACAGUUAUUUCAUAAUGGUCAACCAAAUUAUUGUGGCGUCCGUAAAACUUUCGAAAUGAUGACUUCAACUUUACAAUUAGAACCCUUGGUUCAAAGCGUCUUUGUAAGCAGCAACCUCCUAUCACCAAAGUCAUGACAGGAAUGACAAGCUCUCGAAAAUCGUAUCAUCUUGGAGAUUUAUAUUCCAUAUGCAGGCGCUGCUGGAAUAUCGCUUUAAUAAUGAAAUAGACAGUUCACAAUUGGAAAUCUAAAAUCAUCUUAUUCGUCGAAAUGUGAAGUUCUCAAUGACUCUGAAAUCAAUUGCUAAAUGUUAAUCUAGAUAUGUAGCAGACUAAACUUUAUAUUGGUAUCCUUUAUUUCAAGAUAAGUUAGAUGUGUUCAACAAUGUCACCAAAUUUCAGAAUUUGUAAAUGAGAGACUUUCAUUAGAAGCGCAUUUGUGAAAAAAGCCUCAUAUGGAUAAAGCAGCAAGUUGACAAGAAGAGACACAAGGUUGAUUCCCAAUUAAAAGAUAAGUCCUUUUAAACGCAACAAAUGUGUUGUCAUUUACAAAAUCAAGCUUCUUGGUGGUGUUAGUUUCAUAGAAUGUUUGGUUGUAUCAGAGGGCGUAUUUUUUUUUACAAAGUAUGAUUUUCUCUUUCUAAACAAUAUAUUUAAAUGAUGACCGUGUUUUUAUGAAUCCGAGUUGGACUAAUUAUUUCAAUCCUCCUUUUGUCGUAUAGCUUUUCGGGGUAAAGGGAAAUUUCAAUACUAGUAACCAGAAAGGUUUAUAUUUUAUUUUCUAGGGUCUUCUGUAAAAGAAAAACUGAAAAAAGCAAUGUGCCGAACACAAUGACGGAGUGUUUUUUUGUUACCUUUUUCCUUGCUAAGAAUCCUUUUAGAUGCUAGAUUAAAUUUUCCAAUUGUUUUAGAAUGAUUCUAUAUGAAACAAUUUUUUGGGAAUAUGAUUCCAUACUUUAGAACUUUGAAUAAAACAAUGAAUCAGAUGUUUUGAAUGUCCAGUAAUACUUAUCAUCGUCAUUUGAAAAGGUGGACAGGGUUUCCAAUCCUCCGCUUUACUCCCAGACGAAAAUCAGUCAGAGAAAACAUGCUUUAUUUACUGUAUAAAGAAGAAUUAUGUUCUUUUUCUUUCUUAUAAUUUAUAUUCUUGUGUAUUAUUAUGUCACUUGUAUGUUUUUAUGCGAAAAAAGUAAAAUUACAUGAGGAUAAUUUGUAAAUUGAGGCCCCUCAUUGGGGUGUCCAAGUGAUCACAUAAUCACAAUUGUUUUGCCAAUAUAAUCACAUAAUCAUUAAGUAUUUUUUUUAAACAAGAUAAUCAAAUAAUCAAAAAUACAGUCCUAGAUUAUCAAAUAAUCAUGAAAUAGUUGGUCUAGUAAUCAAAUAAUCAUUAUAAAAACGGCUAAGUAAUCACAUAGUCAAAAACCCCAUGAGGAGGCUCUAAAUUGCAUAUGGUAAAUCUUAUGUAAAUUUGAAGAAUGACAUAAUUAGUGAUUGUGUUAUGACGAUAUAUAUGUAAAUAACUUAUUUAUUACAACUUAAGCUAACGAAGUCGUUAUCUAAUAACAAGAACGGCAUCAGUCAUAUACCACUUACGUUUGUCAACAAUAUAAAUAUAGAUUCUACCACUGCAUCGAGUGUGAUACGAUAUUUAUCCACUCGAGACAGUUAAAUUUUCAAAUUUAAAACGCGAGGCUCGCCGAGCGUUUUAAAUAUUUAAAAUUUAACUGUCGAGAGUGGAUAAAUAUCGUAUUACACGAGAUUUGGUGGUGGAAUCUGUUUCUCUAAUGAUUUUCAAACAAAACGCAGGCAAAUUUAUUCCUUCUUUUCGAAUGAUCUGCAAAAAGAUGUGUUCUUUCUAUGUGACGUCAUCAGGCAUGGUCGCCUUUUUUCAUGCCGUCACAAUAGGAAAUUCAGAGGAAAGCAAGAAAAUUCGACGUCAUAAUCGGAUUUUAACCAAUGAAGAACUGAGAUCAAACGAACCACACGUUGAUUAAAUUUUUUUAUACAAUGGGUGCAGAAAGGGAUAAAUUGACGAAGAAUUAAAAAAAAUAUCUUAUAUCCAUAAUUCUUAUUCAAGGGAAAUAACCUAAGUCUGAACUGUGCAGAUAUAGUUUAUGAUCAGUGUGAAAUAAUCAAGAUUUAGUAUACACAGGUGUCACGUGACAGAUAUAGAUCCGCAAUAAUUAAAACAGCAAAUUUUAUACGAUUUUUAUGUGAUUUAAGAAAAAUAAAGAUAAAGUGGGGUUCAAGCCGAAAUUUGUUUUUUUCAUGGCCCUGCAACAAAGUUGUCGGUGCCAUACAGUUUUACCCUUGUCCGUCAUUCCGUCAUUCCGUCAUUCUGUCAUUCUGUCAUUCUGUCAUUCCGUCAUUCUGUCAUUCUGUCGAUAAGAUAAGAUAAGAAAACUUUAUUUUGAUUCGGCAUAAGUUAAAAGACACAACACAAGCUCUAAGGAGCUUUUGACCGAAUAUAUCCACGAUCAUUCCGUCAUUCCGUCAUUCCGUCAUUCCGCAAAAAACCAUUAUACGCAAUUUUUUUUCUAAACGCCUUCAGAUAUUGGGAUGAUUUUUGGUAUGUGAGUUAACCACGAUGAGUUACAGAUCAAGUUUAAGUUUCGUUCCGCUCUGCUAUUUUUUGCCGAAAUUACGGGCUUUGGACUUUGAUAAAUUGUUGAAAAUCACAGUUAUACGGAUUUUUUUUCUAUACGCCUUCAGAUGUUGGGCUGAUUUUUUGGUAUGUGAGUUAACCAUGAUCAGUAACAGAUCAAGUUUAAGUUUCGUUACGCUAUGCUAAUUUUUGCCGAAAUUACGGACUUUGGACUUUGAUAAAUUGUUGAAAAUCACAGUUAUCCGGACUUUUUUUCUAAAGGCCUUCAGAUAUUGGGCUGUUUUUUUUUGUAUGUGAUUUAACCAUGAUGUGUUACAGAUCGAGUUUUAAGUUUCGUUCCGCUCUGCUGAUUUUUGCCGAAAUUAGGGGUUUUGGAAUUUGAAAAUUGUUGAAAAUCACAGUUAUACGGAUUUUUUCUAUACGCCUUCAGAUAUUGGGCUGAUUUUUUGGCAUGUGAGUUAACCAUGAUGUGUUACAGAUCAAGUUUAAGUUUCGUUCCGCACUGCUAACUUUUGCCGAAAUUACGGACUUUGGACUUUGAUAAAUUGUUGAAAAUCACAGUUAUCCGGACUUUUUUUCUAUACGCCUUCAGAUUUUGCACUGAUUUUGAUAUGUGAGUCUACCAUGAUGAGUUACAGAUCAAGUUUAUGUUUCGU